CAUAACAAACUUCCUUCAUUUGGUGGUGGUUGGGCCUCUCUUUCCCCUUCCGGUGUAAACCAUACGCAUCGGAGGUUUAUCGACCCUACUACUUGUGGCGACGACGGGGGUAACAAUAAGUUCGAUCCAAAAUCUGACACAACAUGCAGGCUGCUGCAGCACCAGCUCGCUGACCAUAGUUGCACUUCCUUAAUAGAGCACAGGGCUCGAACGAAGAGCUUACCUCUUAUAGUUGAGGAAGUGAUAGCGUCCAUGACAAGUGAAUACCUAGUAUUUCAUGGUCGAGCAUCUCAUAAGGUUCUAGAGGAGGCUAUGUUAGGGAAGCAAGGAAACGCUUCACCAAA